CCGAGUCGGCGCGCAUCAAAGUUCCCAACCCUCCCCUCGAAAUACAACGGCUUAUCCUGUACGACCAGGGUCGGCCCCCAUAGUUGUGCACACACCGGGAAUCACCGAUGAAUAUUCAUAUUUACAUGUCCAUGCAUACGUACCGGCGAAUGCUUUCGGAGCCUCACCGCAGAUGGAAGAAGGCAUCAAAGCCGCUGUCCAGGCCGCCGUCUGCACGGGCGGAAUUCGUGCAAGAAGACGCUGCGCUGGAUAUCGCUCAUUAUAUGCGGUGCGAUCAUCGUUACUGCAACGAUUCUUGCCAUGGUGAAUUACCCUGCUGCUGAUACUGCGAUUACAGUUCUUAGUUGGGUCCUCAUUCUCGAUGUCUAGAACAUUUGGUGCCUCUACCACGCGCAAGCGCCGUA